ACUUUGGCACCAAUUGCCGAGCGUAUUUCCAAAGAAUACAACAUCAGUUCAUCAAUUGACCCACAAUUAAUACAAUAUAUUUUUACUUAUUGUCAAUUUUGGGUCGUUCAUUUUAAUCGAACUGAUACGUG